UUUAAUGGCUUUACAGAAUUUUAAAUCGAAUACAGUUUGACAUGACGGCAAAAAAUGUUGGUUUGCCUUCCACAAAUGCAGAACUAAGAGGAUUUAUAGAUCAGAAUCUCAGUCCAACAAAAGGUAACAUUUCAUUUGUUGCGUUUCCAGUUUCCAGCACCAACUCACCAACAAAGAUUUUACCGAAAACCUUAGGACCAAUAAAUGUGAAUGUUGGACCCCAAAUGAUUAUAAGCACACCACAGAGACUAACCAGUUCAGGAAGUGUUCUGAUUGGGAGUCCAUAUACCCCUGCACCAGCAAUGGUUACUCAGACACACAUAGCAGAAGCUACUGGCUGGGUCCCAGGUGAUAGAAAACGAGCUAGAGAAUUUAUAGAUUCUGAUUUUUCAGAAAGUAAACGAAGCAAAAAAGGAGAUAAAAAUGGAAAAGGCUUGAGACAUUUUUCCAUGAAAGUGUGUGAGAAAGUUCAGCGGAAAGGUACAACAUCAUAUAAUGAAGUGGCUGAUGAGCUGGUAUCAGAGUUCACCAAUUCAAAUAACCAUUUGGCAGCUGAUUCGGCCUAUGACCAGAAGAAUAUUAGGAGAAGAGUUUAUGAUGCUUUAAAUGUGCUAAUGGCAAUGAACAUAAUUUCAAAGGAAAAAAAAGAAAUCAAGUGGAUUGGCCUGCCUACCAAUUCUGCUCAGGAAUGUCAAAAUCUUGAGAUCGAGAAGCAGAGGCGGAUAGAACGGAUAAAGCAGAAGCGGGCCCAGCUGCAAGAACUUCUCCUGCAGCAAAUCGCUUUCAAAAACCUGGUUCAGAGAAAUCGGCAAAAUGAACAGCAGAACCAGGGCCCUCCAGCUCUGAACUCCACCAUUCAGCUGCCAUUUAUAAUCAUCAAUACAAGCAGGAAAACAGUCAUAGAUUGCAGCAUCUCCAGUGACAAGUUUGAAUAUCUUUUUAAUUUUGACAACACCUUUGAGAUCCAUGAUGACAUAGAAGUACUGAAGCGGAUGGGAAUGUCCUUUGGCCUGGAGUCAGGCAAAUGCUCUCUAGAGGAUCUGAAACUUGCUAAAUCACUGGUGCCGAAGGCGUUAGAAGGUUAUAUCACAGAUAUCUCCACAGGACCUUCUUGGUUAAAUCAGGGACUACUUUUGAACUCUACCCAAUCAGUUUCAAAUUUAGACCUGACCACUGGUGCCACCUUGUCCCAAUCAAGCGUAAACCAAGGGUUGUGCUUGGAUGCUGAAGUGGCCUUAGCAACCGGGCAGUUCCUUGCCCCAAACAGUCACCAGUCCAGCAGUGCGGCCUCUCACUGCUCUGAGUCCCGAGGCGAGACCCCCUGUUCCUUCAACGACGAAGACGAGGAAGAUGACGAGGAGGAUUCCUCCUCCCCAGAAUAAAGCCAGGAGAAAACCC